CCGUGUACAGGGCAGUGCCCGCUGUGCCCACAUGUCAUCAUAUACAUAGGGCGCAGUGCAUACCCUGUACAUGGCCAGUCUAAAGAGGGACCCCAGGCUCACCUCCUGGCAGAGCACACUGUGCGGGGGUGCAGCUGGAGUCCUGAGCCGCACUGCCACCGCCCCCCUGGAUGUGGCGAAGAUACUGACACAAGUGGGCACCUUCCACUCCAAGCAAGGCUUCUUCAACACCUUCCGACUGGUGUACACCGCAGAGGGGCUCCCAGCGUUCUGGAAGGGUAACCUGACCGCGUGUGUGCGCCUGUUCCCCUACAGUGCGGUGCAGCUGUCAGCCUAUCACAAGUUAUCAGUGCUGUUUAUGGAUGAUUUAGGACAGAUCUCACCAAGUAAAGCCAUUGUAGCUGGAGGUGUGGCAGGAAUGUUAGCGGCUAUCGUCAUCUACCCUACUGAUGUCAUCAAGACUCGACUUAUUGUACAGAACAGCUUGGAACCCACAUACAGAGGGAUCAUACAUGCACUAUGUAGUGUGUACUAUCAGGAAGGAUUCCGAUCAUUAUAUCGAGGGGUUUCACUUUCAAUUCUUGGAGCAGUUCCAUUUUCUGCUGGUUUGUUCUUUAUGGAUGUGAGUCUGGACAGAAUAUGGCAGGAGUCCGGGGCCCGCUUAACGCCUCUACAGAACUUUGUGAAUGGCUGCUUAGCUGCUGCUGUAGCCCAGACAAUGUCUUUUCCCUUUGAAACUGUCAAGAAAAAAAUGCAGGCACAAAGUCAGAUCCUUCCUCAUUGUGGCAGCGUUGAUGUCCACUUCAAUGGAGUACUUGAUUGCUUUAGACAAAUUGUAAAGAUGAAAGGUGUACUGAGCCUUUGGAACGGACUGACUGCAAAUUUACUGAAGAUUUUUCCUUAUUAUGGAUUAAUGUUCAGCACUUUUGAAUGCUGCAAACGGUACUUUCUAUAUAGAAAUGGUUACCUUGUAUCACCACUCAGCAAUCAGCUGAUGCCGGGAGUGGAUCAGAGUCUGGGGCCCUGGGAACUGCAAGAACUGCGCAAGUUUCUCCGGCAAAAGAACAUUGAAAACAGAAACCCAUCUUUAAAAAGCUAAACCCGGAGGAACAGAUAAUACUGUAAUGCUAAAUUUGUACAUUUAUACCUUCCCUGUAGGUGUACUGGGAGAUUAGAGUAUUUAUUUUUGGAGCUACUGCUGGAAGAGAGAUCUAUGACUGACUAACUGUGACUCAAUCAUGGAUUGUGAAAGGGGAUCUCCCCUUAAAAUAUUAUUGCUUUGCCAUGUGUUCAAAGAACACCUCCAACCAAUAUAUAAACCUCAAUGUAUAAGAUUGA